UACCUUCAUGUUGAGUUUAACCUAAAGAUGCUGUGAUGGCGAAGAUGGCAUCGGGAGAUCUUUCGCUGACCAGCACUAGCAGUCAGGAGGAAGAGAGCUCGGAAUAUGCGGGCUAUGACAACACCCUCCGUCCGCCGUCCAAUUCCAGUGGCAGCACCACAGCAGCCAAUAUGGCCAACAACAAUGGGCCGCCGAAGGGCGUCAAUAGCGGAGUGGGCGUGUCAGGCGUUCCCGGCGGCAACGUCACAAAGUACGACCUACUGCAGGGGCAGUACAAGUCGGCGCUCCUGGAGCUAAAUACCCUGCGCCACCAGCACGCGAGCACCAAGCGCCGCUGCGAUGAGCUGGCCACCGAACUGAGUCUCUACCAGGAGCACUACGUGGCCGAUCGCAACAAGUUCACCGAUAUUGUCGAGGAGAGUGCGAGGUUGAAGAGGCUGCUGCUCGAGACCCAAAACCAGCAGAGCCAGCAGGCCCAGAAUGGUAAUAGCCAAGUGCCUCCGGGCAGUAGUGGGAAUCCCUAUUACUUCGGCAAGUCGCAGGGCUGCGAUGGCAGCUGCAGCGAGAAGCUGGCGGAGCUGAAGAAGGAGCGCAACAUGGCCGCUGUGGAGCGGGAAAAGUACAAGAAAUCCUACAUCGAGCUGGAGAAGGAUCGCAACUAUUACCGCGAGCGGGGCGAUGAGAAUCAGACGCUGAAGGUGCUGCUCUCCAAGGAGACCAAGAAUGUCGUUUCGCUCACCGAGGAGCUCAAUCAGCUGCUCUCCGAAAAGGACAACGUGCUGCAGGAGCACCAGAAAAUGUCCGAUGAUCUGGUGCUGGCCAACAAGGAGAUCGAACGGCUCAAGAAGGACGAACAGUUGGCGCGGGGCGAGAUCAAGGCUCUGCAGCUGGCCAAUGCGGAGCUCAAGAAGCGCGAUCUUCUCAAAUCUCGUGAGAGCUCGUGGUCCAAGGAAUUCCCCAGCGGCAAGGAGCUGGAGAACAGCAAGGAACUGGAGAAGCUGCGCAAGAGCCUCGAGAAGGCUCUCUCCGAGGUGGAGCGCUCCAGCCAGGAUGCCGAGGAGGCGAAACGCGUGCGGGAUUGGGCCAUAUCGCAGCGCGAAAAGAUCGUGCAGGAGCGCGAUUCGGUGAAGACGCUGUGCGACAAGAUGCGCCACGAGCGGGACAAGGCCAUUUCCGACUCGCUGAUGGCCAUUCGCGAUAGCGAGAAGAUCAAGAAGCAGAAGGACGAGGCCCAGAAGAAGAUCGAUCUGCUGAAGGAGCAAAUGGAGCAGCAGGAGCGUCACAAUCUGGACAGCAAUGCUGCGUCAGGUUCGCGACGCAGCUUCCGCUUGAGCAGCUACGAGGGCGAGGAUCUCCUGGAGGUGGAGCUCUGCGGCUACGAGCACACCUCCGAUCUGGGCAUCAUCCUGGACGAUAGCAAUAAAAGGAAGUUGGUCUGCGGUGUGACUAGCAGCUCUCCCGCCUGCGGGAAGCUCAAGAUCAACGAUGUGAUCUGCAAGGUUAACAAUCUGGACUGCCAGUCGCUGUCCAAGCGCAUGGUUCUCGACGAGAUUCGCGCCUGUGCCCCGCGUUCCCUACUGCUGGUCUCGCGCACUCGCCACAGCAAGCGGCAUGCGUACUCCGUUCAACUGAAGACCCGAGAUCGCGAUUGCCCGCAUGGUUUGCAGCUGGACAUGGGCGUUUUCAUAGCCAAGAUCGAGCAGAACUCGCUGGCCUUCUAUGAACCCGAGCUGGACGUUGGUGACCGCGUGCUGAGCAUCAAUAACAAGUCCAUGGACUCGGUGCAGUCCAUCGAGGAGGUGAUGCAGGUGCUCAACGAUCCGCGCAGCGAUGGUCUGAAUCUUUUUGCUCUAAAGUACGUGCAGGAUCAGUUGCCGCCGGGCAUGACCACCUCGUCGGCGCAAACGGACUCUAUAGAUUCCAUGCAGCAUGUUUCAAGUGGCGGUGGAGGAGGAAGUGGACCCAGUAGCGCCACCAAGCCUCCGUCCAAAUUCGCCGAGUUCUUCUUCCGCAAGCUCAAGUUCAGCAAGCCGGGAACGCCGGAGGAUAACUUUGAGCAGGAGCACGACGACGCCAUCGCCGCUCUGGACUCGGUGCUCAGCGAGAACAGCUCGGAGAAGAGCAAGGAGAACCUGUUUAACCGCAAGAAGCGCACCAAGAAGGAGAAGGAGGCGUCUAAAAGCAUGGGCACCUGGCCGCGCACCAACAUAUCGCACGAUAACCCCACAGGAACCAUGAGGGGAAAUCAGAAGAAGCAAGCUUUGAUGUCGCUUUUUACAGCGGGUCCUAUUAAUGUGGACAAGGAUGAUGAUUUGGUGGGUGGCGAGGUGGGAGUGCCAGAGAAGCAGCCGCCGGAGCAACUGCCGCCUCCUUUGCCACCGCAAAUGUCCAAGCCACUGGCUCAUAUAAGAGGAGCCAAUGGGAGCGCCAUCAAGGCGCAUCCCAAUCGCAACUCCAAUCCGGUGACUUCGGGAGUCUCUGCCCUCUUUCCACCCAGCAUGCCCAUGCCCGGCUAUCCCAUCCAUCCGCGGCACUCGCUCUAUGCUCCCGAGGAGAUCAACCAGAAGCCCAUGCAAAGGGCUCCCCUAAUGGGCGCCAAUGCCCGGGUGAAAAUGCCCUCGCAGGAGCGCUAUGGUUCCCGACCGCACAGCAAUCAUCGCCUGUCGCUGAACAUCACACCCAGCGGGGAUUUUUACCAGCCCAAGACGAGUGGCCAGCAGGCCCAGCAGCAGGUGAUGAAUAACUCGGCGGGCUUUCAAAUGGGUUCGGGAUCCAUGGGGGGAGGAAUCACUGGCCCGGCAGCCGGUGAAUUUCCAGUGCGCAAGCAGCAGGUUUUUGACGUAUUCCACCCUCCCCUGCCACUGCCGAAAAACACCUCCACUUCCAAUCCCAAUGCCGUGUUCAUGCCGCUAAAUCCGCCCAGAGGCAGUCACCCGCUGCCCAUCGUUGGCCAGCCGCCGGAUGUCGUCUCCCUGAAGUCGCAGAACUCCAUCGAGUCCAUCCUGUCCGCAAAGAGCCCCGCCGUCAGCGAGUACGGCGUGUAUGCCAAGCGGCAGGUGCCCAUGCCGGUGAGGCAUGUGCCCAAGUACCCAAGCGACAGUGAGAGCAUUGGCUCGGGAAUACACGGUGGAUAUGGAGGCUUCCUGCAGUCCACCCACAUCCCGGGCAACAGGCACACGCAGCUUUUCCCCACUUUCGGGAGGAGCAACCGCAGAUCCAGUCCAUUGACGCUCCCCUCGCCGCCGCCUCAGCAGCAGCAGCAGAUGCAGCAGCUCCCGACGGCGGUGGCGGCGCACGACAGCGUGGGAAUACCCACGGAUUUGGAUUACCAUCCUGCACACCCCCUGCAGCCACAUCCCCCGUAUUUGGACUACGGACACGGACCCUAUCCUUACCUAGGAGUGGGUGGCGGCGUGGUUUCCGGCGUGGGCGGUGCCAUCUACGAGGGCGGAACAUUUCCCCGCAAGAAGGACAACCAGCGACUGAGAAUUCCCUCCAAUCCCAGUGUGGCCAGCAAGAGCGGCAGCAUGGUGAAGAACAGCUCCGGCAGCAUUGACCAUCACUAUGUGACGAACCAGGCGGGAGGAUCCAUGUCCGCCUCAUCCUCGGAUCGCGCACCCAUCUCGCUGAUGAGCUCUAGUAUUCACAAUAGCUAUAAUGCAAAUAUAACUGGAGGAAAUGGUAAUGGAGUGGCAGUUGGAGGAGGAGGAGGAGGCGGCAGUGGACGCGGUUCGCCCAUGCCGCAGGUUCACGUAGAGAUCCUCAGCCAUGGAGGCGGCGGCAGCGGCAAGCGCAACUCCAAUGUGCCCGCGGAUUUUCUCUGCCCCGGAGACCUUAGAAGAGUCACCAUCGACAAGCGCGACAAGUCGCUCGGUAUCACCAUUCAGUGCAAUAACAACGGCGGCGGGAUCUUUGUGUCCACCGUCGCCGACAAGAGCACAGCGAUGCGUGCCGGUCUCCAGGUGGGCGAUCAACUCUUGGAAGUAUGUGGCAUUAACAUGAGGGCCGCCACGCAGGAGAUAGCGGCCAAUGUGCUGCGCCAGUGCGGCGAUUCCUUCACCAUGCUUGUGCAGUACAAUCCGGAGAAGUUCCCUUCAAUGGAGUACGAGGGAGCGCACAAUCUGGAACCAGAAUCUCCCGUCAACCACUCGGGCUCCCCGACGCCGCGCAAUUCUCCGCGUCCUCCUGCCCGCAACUCGCUCUUUCCGCUGCCGAUGCAGCCGCAGGCCCCGUCUACGCGCUCCGUCUCGCGGGCUCCGCUCUCGCAUCAGUCCAUCAAGGACCAGAGCUUCACCGAUAGCCUGGAGAACCAGUCGGACAUCAGCAGCAGCCAGGACAUGCCCUCGUCGGCGGCCACGACGACCACGACGACUGCCUCGGCCACGUCGACGGUCUACGAUGAGGAGCCCAAGCCCGCCCUGCCGCCGCCGCCCGCAUCCGUUCCGGCAGAGACUCUGAGGUACGUGACGCUGCACAUGGACAAGUCGAAGAACCUGGGCAUCAAGCUGUUUGGCGGCAACAAAGUGGGCAUCUAUGUGCACGACGUGGCGACCGGUUCGCCCUCGGAUCAUGCAGGAAUACGCAAGGGUGACCAGAUUCUCGAGUACAAUGGGGUGGACCUGAGUGGCGUUACCGCCGAGCAGGCGGCCAAUGAGAUUUCCAAGCUCACGGAUACGGUCACCAUGCUGGUGCAGAAUAAACUGCACACUCUUAAGCAAAUUAAAGAUGAGCCCGGCGACUCCUUCUACAUUCGCGUGGGGUUUGACCGGACCGGUGAGUUGAACGAGGAUGACUUGCGGUUUGUGAAGGACGAGGUGCUCUACGUGGACAACACAGUCUUCAACGGCACCUUUGGCUUGUGGCGGGCCUGGAAGCUGGAUGGCAUGGGCCAUCGGAAGGAGUGCGGCAUAAUACCCAGUCAAAUGAAGGUGGAAGAGGAGCUACGCUCGGGGGAGGUGGUGGACUGUGAUACGGGAACCGCCAGACGCGGUAGCACUUCGGCCAGGAGAUCUUUUUUUCGUCGCAAGAAGAACCAGCGCAGCUCGUCCCGCGACUCCACGGAGAUUGCCAGCUUCAGCAAUACGCAGCUUAGCUUCUUUCCAGACUUAGGACUGCUCAACGAUGAUGGCGGAGCCCUCAGCUACCAGCGUGUGGAGCUGCUAGACUCGCCCAUUCGCCGGCCCGUGCUGAUAAUUGGACCGCUGUCCGAGUGCCUCAUGGACCGCCUGACCAUCGACUUUUCCAACCUAUUCAAGCUGUGCGAGGUGACGGCCAUGGACUGCUCGCAGGAGGCCAUGGAGGAGGGACUGAAGGAGAACAUCUUUGUGGACUACCGGCGGAGGGGCAACAAGUUCGAGAGCACCACAGUGGAGGCCAUCAGCAAUGCCUGCAAGAAUGAUCGACGUCACUGCAUCCUGGACGUUUCGAUCUCGGCCGUGGAGCGAUUGCAGCGCCUGCAAAUCUACCCCAUUGUCCUACUGCUACGCUUUAAGUCCGCUAAGCAAAUACGCGACAUUCGCGACUUUGGCACCGACAAAAUCUCGGCCAAGGCGGCCAAGGAGAUGUACGAACGGGCCAUGAAACUGGAGACAGACUACAAGCAGUACAUAUCAGCCGUCAUCCCCGGCGUCAGCAUCAAGCACAUGUGCACCCAAAUCAAGGACGCCGUCGACAAGGAGCAGGACAAGCUGCUCUGGGUGCCCGUAUCGAGUGCCUGAUGGCCUCGGGAUCUUCCUAGUUUUAGUUAUUAGCACACACAACGCGACACUCACGCCUAGUAUUUUUUCAACGCGCAUCAAUAGUAUCGAGUUCGUAUUCGUUUUGUUCAACGCAGAGUAUUCAAUUGUCGUCGACUUGCAGCCGUCAAGAAGUUUGCAUAUAGGGCGCGGUAUUUCUACCUGUUUCUCGUCUCUGUUCAGCUAAUUUAUGUCUGUAGUUGUAGUCUUUCUGUCCGGUCCAUCAGAUGCAGACAAUCUGCAUCGAAUUCGAUCACAAAUAAGGAAUGCUUCCACAAUUUAUAUAUCUUAUUUAUAUAUACCGUCUGGAACUAGACUUCCUUCUAAGCCGAAAGUCUGCUUGUAUGCAAUUUAUUAUUAUGUAAUUGUAAGUAAACACAUUAUAGAUCUGUAUUUUAUUCACCCUAAAGAUUCGAUAGACUCGGUGGCAAUAGAGUUUGGCUUUAAAGUUUAAACCCUUCAACUGUUCAACUGUGUAUAUUAAAUAGUUUCAACUAAUCCAAUUUUCUUUGAGAACUGCUUCUAAAUAGAGCUUUACUUACAACUCUACUUAUUCUGGCAAGUGCCUUUGGCCGAACCUGAAAAUAAAAACACUUUGCUAGUUAAGAAACACUAGAAUUUUUAUUUAAUUGAGUGAUUGACAAAAAAUGCUAUCACUAGCCUUAAGUGGUAAACGGUUAAACUGAAAUGAAGUGCCUUAAAUGCCUUCAAAAUGCCGAGAAAGGAACCCCUUUGUCUACACAUAAAUACAAUUUAUAAAUCUAAUUUAUCAACGUACCCUUCGUAUGCAUUAAAGAGUAAACAGUAAUAUAUCAACGUAUUAAAUACAAUAAAAUCUAUUUUAUACAUACGUAAGCAUUCUAAAUAUACAGACUACAUAUGAUCGCAUACAUUUUUGCAAUAAAUAUUUUUCCAAAAA